GUAUGUACCAGUACAUGUACUGUAAUUCUUGGAUCUUCACUCGAAAACCGCACUGCAACAACGGCAAAACUCAUCGUGUCGAUCGUGUCAUCCCCUCGAUCCCUUCGUCUGAACGAACGUCUGAACAUUGAUCCAUCUCCCUGUCCAUGGCAGCUUGACAGCUCGAGAAAGAGCAGAGAGAUCGGUCAAGGAAGAAACCUAACUACGACAGCAGACGGUAGUCCAGCGAAAACAGAAACCACGAGACAAUGAUCACGGCAAAUCAAUUCUUUCAGGACACCAAUGCUGUGGGACAAGAAGAAGAACACCCAUCACGAACCACCGAUCGAUUCUCUCGUUGGAGACGCAUUUCCAAUGCUUCGUGGCGCUUGGAACGGCUCGCCAAUGCACCCGUGUCGACACAUCCUCCCCAGGCUGUGCUGGAUUCCAUGAACCGUUUGUUGACACAUCAUUCCGUGGGGACGGCACAACACGAUCACGUGCAUCAAGAUCAAUUCGUGUUGGAAAUGGAAGCCUUUCUGAACGCCAAGCAGAAUACUGCUGCUUCCAUUCACCAAGAUCGCCAAGGCGUGGUGGUGUCGUCGCCGCUGCGUUUGAGUACCAAAACCAUUUCCAAAGGACUCUUGACCGUGUCAAACAAAAACACCAAUGAUGAUCCAUUCUGCAUGGUUGCCAUGGCUCCCAAUAACAACAUCAGCAGCAGCAGUGGCGUCGUGAUGGAAUUUGCCUCCUAUGCCAAAAAAUUAAAUCACAAUUUACAGUCAUAUAUUCCAGUGGGAUACGAAGAAUUUGAAGCUUUGCGGCAACAAAAGCAAUCGGACGGCGACAAUGAACAUUCUUCUUCCACGCUCUACUACAUUAUGGAAAUCAAAGCCAGGGGAGAAACUGAAGGAGAAAUGAUUUUGGGUGCUGGGACUACCCUGGAAGAUGUAUAUCUCAUCCUCGGCGAUGACAGCAGCAGCAAUGGAAGUAAUGGCAAUCCACAGGAUCAAUCCACGGCAUCUGUAGGGGUCAAAGCCAAGGUCAUCUCGUCCCAACGUUGGGUCCAAAUGUUAAGAGACGACCCCCGUGAUGACGACGAGGAGGACCUCACCUGGGUGUUUCGAGAAUUGGAAGA